AUGUCGAGCUCGUUCAGCAAAAGUUCAAUUGAAGAACUCUAUCAAAGUUUACGUGAAAUUACAAAUGAUAACGACCUUGAAUUAUUUGAAGAUCGUAUCACUAAAUUAGAUGUCGAAAACAACAAUACCACUUCAUCACAGGUCAACGAAACCAUCAAGGAGAAAUUCCUCACUCCAUCAAAUGUACUCUCCUGGGGGUUACUCGAUAUCGUUCAAAAAGUCCCACAGAUGAAUUUCUUGGAUGACCCGACUUCAGACAAUAAGGAUGCAGAUUCAUAUGAUUAUAAACAAUUCUUGAAGAUUCCUGAACCCAUUAGCAGAACUGCCUAUUAUUUCAAAAGAACAGGAAUAGAAGGACGUAUCAGUGGCGCUAAGGAGGAAGUAUCGCUGAAGGAGAUAGCAAAUGCAAAUGCAUCAAAUUCAUUAUCCAUCACGAGAGGUUUGAAUCAUCAUGGGAAUACUAUUAGAGGGUCCACUUUCCAAUUACCGUUUACUCCCGGUGGGAUUGAUAUGGAAGCUGUGACAGAUUCAUUCAAAGAUGGGGUCUCAUCGAUGAGUAAUGCGACAAAGCUAUUACAUAAGGAUGAACAAGGGUUGUUUGAUAUUCCCCUGGGAUUUAAUAGAGGUAUCAUUCCUAAGGGUACCACAUCACCUUCUAAUUCUGAAGAAGUGGAUGAUGUGCAACAAUUGAAUAAGAUCGAUAACGAAGUGGAUGUCGAAAGAGAAUUGGAAGAUGAUAGAAGGAGAAUGGAGGAAGAAACACAAACUCUGUUAUCAGAAACAAUCCUCAAUGAUAACUGUACAACUACUUCUAAGAAUGAUAAUUUGACCGCCGAAAUAGAUAAUCUCCUACCGUUAGGUAUUGAUUUUGGGAGAUCUGUAAGUAAGGCGAAGAAUCUUCUCAAGAAGAAAGAAUGGGCACACAUGGUUGAUUUAAAUCACAAAUUGGAGCAUUUCAGUGAGCUGGUACCAAAUCCAGCAAGAGAAUGGCCAUUUGAAUUAGACACAUUCCAAAAACAAGCCGUUUACCAUUUAGAACAAGGUGAUUCUGUAUUCGUUGCAGCCCAUACCUCAGCAGGUAAAACUGUGGUGGCAGAAUAUGCCAUUGCCAUGUCAAAAAGAAACAUGACCAAAACGAUCUAUACAUCUCCAAUUAAAGCGUUAUCUAAUCAAAAAUUCAGAGAUUUUAAAGAAACUUUUGAAGAUGUUGACAUUGGUUUAAUUACAGGUGAUGUACAAAUUAAUCCAGAGGCAAACUGUUUAAUUAUGACUACAGAAAUUCUAAGAUCGAUGUUAUAUCGUGGUGCUGAUUUAAUUAGAGAUGUUGAAUUUGUCAUUUUCGAUGAAGUUCAUUAUGUUAAUGAUCAGGAUCGUGGUGUUGUAUGGGAAGAAGUCAUUAUUAUGCUUCCACAACAUGUAAAGUUUAUUUUAUUAUCUGCCACUGUGCCAAAUACAUAUGAAUUUGCCAACUGGAUUGGAAGAACAAAACAGAAGAAUAUAUAUGUUAUUUCCACCCCAAAAAGACCAGUACCAUUAGAAAUUAAUAUUUGGGCAAAUAAACAACUAAUCCCAGUGAUUAACCCUCAAAGAGAAUUCCUCGAUGCAAAUUUCAAAAAGCAUAAGGAUCUGUUGUCGGGGAAACCAGCUGAAAAGACUUCAGGCGACAAAGGAAAAGAUGAUAAAAGAGGUAGCCGAGGCGGAAGAGGGGGCCAAAGAGGUGGGUCUGGCCGUGGAGGUAACCAAAGAGGUGGGUCUGGUCGUGGGGGUAAUCAAAGAGGUGGAUCUGGUCGUGGUGGGUCUAGAGGCGCAGGUGCCAUUGGCUCUAAUAAACGUCAAUUCUUUAUGAGAAGUGGGCCCGGUAAAAAAACCUGGCCUGAGUUAGUAAACUUCUUGAAAGGAAAAGAUUUACUACCAAUGGUUGUGUUUGUCUUUAGUAAGAAAAGAUGUGAGGAAUAUGCAGACUGGUUAGAAGGUAUUAACUUUUGUAACGCCAAAGAAAAAUCUCAAAUUCAUAUGUUUAUUGAGAAUUCUAUUACACGUUUAAAGAAGGAAGAUCGUGAACUUCCUCAAAUUAUGAAAAUUAGAAAUCUGCUUGAGAGGGGUAUCGCAGUGCAUCAUGGUGGGUUGCUACCGAUCGUUAAAGAACUUAUCGAAAUUCUUUUCUCUAAGGGAUUCAUCAAGGUGUUAUUCGCCACCGAAACAUUUGCCAUGGGUCUUAAUUUGCCUACUAGAACAGUAGUCUUCAGUGAAAUCCAGAAACACGACGGGUCUGGUUUAAGAGACUUAACACCCGGUGAGUUCACACAAAUGGCAGGUAGAGCCGGUCGUAGAGGGUUAGAUAAGACGGGUACAGUUAUCAUCAUGGCAUACAAAGAGCCAUUAGCAGCAACAUCGUUUAAGGAGGUCACAUUAGGUGUCCCAACAAAACUGGAGUCACAAUUCAGAUUAACAUAUAACAUGAUCUUGAACUUAUUAAGGAUUGAAGCAUUGAAAGUGGAGGAAAUGAUCAAGUAUUCAUUUAGUGAAAACACCAAACAAACUUUGAAACCGGAGCAUGAAAAGAAAAUUAAGGAACUAACUGAACAGUUGAACACAAUUGAGUCAUUCAACUGUGAUACAUGUAAUGUUGACAUUGAGAAGCUCUUAGAUGCCACAAUAAGGUUUAGGGAAUGUACAUCAAAUAUGAUGACUGAAUUGGCAAAAUCUGACGUUAUUUUCCGUGUUCUUAGAGUUGGAAGAUUGAUACUUUUCAGAGAUGAUAACGAUUGUUUGAAAUUAGGUUUUGUUUUCAGAAAUAAUGUUAAGGAUGCUAAUUGUGUUGUUAUGGUGAUAUCUGAACCAAAUACUCUAGCUGGAGGAGAACCAAACCACUUACCAUACUUAGGAGAUCAAGUAUCCUUCACCAUGAGUAAUUUCACUAAAUUCAAAAGUGUUCCAUAUUCAAUGGAACAUGUGCUGUUUAGCUCGAUUGAACUGGUUUCACAAUAUACACUGCGAGUAAAUUUUACCGAUCUGAUGAAGCAGGAUGCUGAGGCAAUCGCUACUUUUGAGAAUGAGGUAAAAAUGAUUAUAAACGUAUCGAGAAAAUUGAAGGAAAGUACAUCUGAAAGGAAGGGAAGUUUGAAAGCUCAUCAAAGUGCAUUGGAAAGAGAAAAUAUCAAAAAAGAGAUAGUUUCCUUAAAGUCUUCAUUCUGUCCACAUUUACCAGAACACUUCGUGCCUGUAUUCAAGAAACAUUUAAUUAAUAGAGAAAUAAAGGACAUUUCCCACUUGAUGUCUGACCAAAACUUGAAUUUAUUGCCUGACUAUGAGCGUAAAUUGGAUGUCUUGAAAGCAGCAGGUUUUAUUGAUCAAAGUCAUAAUGUUAUGUUAAAGGGUAGAGUAGCGUGUGAGAUUAACUCAGGUUAUGAAUUGGUUCUUACCGAGUUAAUUUUAGAUAAUUUCCUUGGUGAUUUCGAACCUGAAGAAAUCGUAGCAUUAUUGUCGGUGUUCGUUUACGAAGGUCGUACAAGAGAGGAAGAGGCACCUGUUGUAACACCUAGACUAGCGAAGGGGAAAGCUAGAAUUCAAGAAAUUUAUCGUAAGAUGUUGUCCUUAUAUGAAGAACAUCAAGUUCCAUUGAUUCAAGAAGAAGCUGAAUUUUUGGAUAAGAAGAGAUUUGCAUUGAUGAAUGUUGUUUAUGAAUGGGCUCGUGGAUUAUCCUUCAAAGAAAUUAUGGAUAUCAGUCCGGAAGCUGAAGGUACCGUUGUGAGAGUUAUUACAAGAUUAGAUGAAAUCUGUCGUGAAGUGAAAACAGCAUCUAUUAUCAUUGGGAAUUCAACAUUGCAUAUGAAGAUGGGUAGAGCACAAGAGUUGAUUAAGAGAGAUAUUGUAUUUGCAGCAAGUUUAUACCUAUAG